GAAAACUAGAAGUCUAGUCUUGACCGUAUGUAAUCAAUUUGAUAACGCUGUAAAAAAGUUACGAGGAAUCCACUUAAACUGGUAAAAAAAAACGAUAUUUGACUCGAUAUGAAUGUUUAACGAACGUAAUCUCAACAGGAUCUGACACCAAAAAAAAAAUUAAACUAUUGUUUUGUAAAAAUGCUGAGCAGAAUCAAAGCACUGGAACGUUAUGACGUGUUCCGCCACUGUUUGUGUUUUUCACAAUUUUCCAAUGCUCCGAGUGGAACGGUUUUCAACUCUAACGUCGAUGUUAACUCGAAGGAGUAUCAGGAAAACAAAACGGCAAUGGAAAUAUUGGUGCACGACUUAAAGAAAACGGUCAACGCGGUGGUUUGUGGAGGUGACGCCAAAGACAAGUCGAGGCACACGUCCAAAGGAAAAAUGAUGGUCCGCGAUCGCAUAGACUACCUUUUGGAUUCGGGUUCGCCUUUUUUGGAAUUGUCCCAAUUAGCGGGAUAUAAUCUGUACGACGAGCAUUUGCCAUGUGGUGGUCUGGUCUCUGGAAUUGGACGUAUAUCCGGCAAGGAAUGCAUGAUAAUCGCCAACGAUGCAACGGUCAAAGGCGGAACAUAUUUUCCCAUCACAGUAAAAAAACAUCUGAGAGCACAAGAAAUAGCCAGCGAGAACCACUUACCGUGCGUGUACUUGGUAGAUUCCGGGGGCGGUUAUUUGAAAAAACAGUCUGAAAUCUUCCCCGACAGAGAGGAUUUUGGAAGGAUAUUUUACAACGAAGCUAUUAUGUCUUCAAAAAAUAUCACUCAGAUCGCUGUAGUAAUGGGUAGCUGCACUGCAGGAGCUGCUUAUUUGCCAGCCAUGGCAGACGAGAGUGUGAUAGUAAAGAAGACCGGAACGAUAUUUCUAGCCGGUCCACCUCUGGUAAAAGCAGCAACCGGUGAAGUUGUGAGUGCAGAAGAACUGGGUGGUGCCAAACUCCAUUGCUCAGUUUCCGGAGUUGCUGACCAUUACGCCAACGACGAUUACCAUGCUUUGCACAUCACCAAAAAUAUCAUUGCGAACUUAAACAGCAAUAACAAGGCGGAAACCGGAAUAAACGAUUUAAAUUUACCAGAACCUCCAGUUUACCCGGACGAAGAACUUUAUGGAAUCGUGGGCGGGAAUUUAAAGAAAAACUAUGACGUCAGAGAGGUCAUUGCGAGAAUUGUGGACGGCUCAGUGUUUUCAGAAUUCAAAAAGUCCUAUGGUGAAACUCUGGUAACCGGGUUUGCCAAUAUCUGUGGUUAUCCCGUUGGCAUUAUUGGCAACAACGGUGUAUUGUUUUCCGAAUCCGCACUUAAGGGCGCACAUUUCAUUGAACUUUGUUGUCAACGAAAAAUCCCACUUCUAUUUUUGCAAAACAUUACCGGAUUUAUGGUGGGCAAAGACGCCGAGGCUGGCGGUAUCGCGAAAAAUGGCGCUAAAAUGGUUACCGCUGUAUCUUGCGCUGCAGUUCCUAAAAUUACUGUGAUCAUUGGCGGUUCUUAUGGAGCCGGAAAUUAUGGAAUGUGCGGUCGUGCAUACGGACCAAGAUUUCUGUAUAUGUGGCCUAAUUCCCGAAUAAGUAUAAUGGGAGGCGAACAAGCAGCCGGUGUAUUAUCUCAAAUUCAAAACGAUAAAAGAGAACGAGAAGGAAAACAGUUAUCAAUUGAAGAAGAGAAUGCAAUAAAAGAUCCGGUGAUCAAACAAUUCGAAAACGAAGGAAACCCUUAUUAUUCCAGCGCCAGAUGUUGGGACGAUGGCAUUAUAGAUCCUGCUCAGACCAGACAGAUUUUGGCUUUGAGCUUGUCGGCCAUCCGCAAUUCGCCAACGCAAGAAACCAAAUACGGAAUUUUUAGGAUGUAGUGCCGAUUUUAAAUUGAACAAGAACUAUUAUGUACGAUACUGCUAAUCCCAGAUACUAAAAAACAAACACUUAAUCUUAUGAUAAUUUUUUUUUCUAAAGCCAACGGUAAUUAAAAAAAUAUAUAUGUAUAUAUAUCACUCACGUUCAUUAUACAAGCUCGGUCGAGAAUGAAAUAUCCCGCCAACGUGAUUUCAGGUUGAUUACUUUGUAUAGUUUUGAGCAAUGUAAAAAUCUAACAAUACAAAUUGUAUUUUCAUAAUAAUAAUAAUAAUAAUAGUAUUGAUUUAAA